CGCCCGGCGGAGGAGAAAGAUGGCAAUGUCUCUCAUCCAAGCGUGCCGCAGUCUGGCUCUCUCAACAUGGCUGCUUUCCUUUUGUUUCGUGCAUUUGCUGUGCCUGGACUUUACCGUAGCUGAGAAGGAGGAAUGGUACACAGCGUUCGUGAACAUCACCUACAUCGAGCCGGGGUCGCCGGCGGCGGCGGCGGCGGCUGGGGCGCUGGGCGCCUCCGGGGAGCUGCGCAGCGAGAAGAGCGAGUGUGGCCGCUACGGCGAGCACUCGCCCAAGCUGGAUGCCCACGGGCGGGUAGCCAUGGCCAGUUCCGUCCAGGAGCGCCUGGCCUGCGACCCCAACACCAAGUUCGCCGUCCCGGCCCACGUCAAGCACUGGAUAGCCCUUAUCCCCAAGGGUAACUGCUCUGACAAGGACAAAAUCCGGCACGCUUUCAUGCAGAACGCCUCCGCGGUGGUCAUUUACAAUGUGGGGACCAACACCAACGAAACCACCACGAUGUCCCAUCCAGAUUUUGUUGCUGUUACUUUUUUACAUGAUUGCAGUGUGCAAGACAUUGUUGCAAUAAUGAUUCCAGAGUCGAAAGGAAAGGAGAUCGUGACACUGCUGGAUAAAAACAUUACUGUGAUGAUGUACAUCACCAUUGGGACCCGCAACUUGCAGAAAUAUGUCAGUCGCACAUCGGUCGUGUUUGUAUCCAUCUCCUUCAUUGUGUUGAUGAUCAUAUCACUCGCGUGGCUGGUCUUUUAUUAUAUUCAGAGGUUCCGAUAUGCAAAUGCCAGGGACAGGAACCAGCGUCGUCUGGGAGAUGCUGCAAAGAAAGCCAUCAGCAAGCUCCAGGUCAGGACCAUCAAGAAGGGUGACAAGGAAACUGAGCCUGACUUUGAUAACUGUGCAGUUUGUAUCGAAGGCUACAAACCGAAUGACGUUGUGCGAAUCUUGCCAUGCCGGCAUCUUUUCCACAAAUCCUGUGUGGACCCAUGGCUGUUAGACCAUCGAACCUGUCCCAUGUGCAAGAUGAACAUCCUUAAGGCCCUAGGUAUCCCGCCCAAUGCAGACUGCAUAGAUGACAUCCCACCGGACUUUGAAGGAUCCAUAGGAGGGCCACCAACCAAUCAGAUUACAGGUGCAAGUGACACAACCGUAAAUGAAAGUUCUGUUACUUUGGAUCCCGCUGUCCGAACUGUGGGAGAAUUACAAGUAGUCCAAGAUGCAGAUGCCACUCCCCAGGAGGGGGAGGUUAAUUUUACAGCCAACAGUGAACAAGAGCCAGCGGUCAGCAGUGAUUCAGAUAUCUCAUUGAUCAUGGCAAUGGAAGUUGGACUCUCUGAUGUGGAGCUUUCCACUGACCAAGACUGUGAAGAGGUGAAAUCCUGAAACACUGAGCAAAGACGAAGGGGAUGGUCGGGCUCCAGGGGGAGGGGGGAGGGGCAAGCUCCAGGCCUCACUACAGUCGUACACCUCCAGACCACCACCACAGCUUCAGUGUGCUCCAUUCCGGGAGGGUCCACGAAAAGCAAUACAUAGAGUUGCGUCAACCUGGAUGCGGUUUCAGCAUCUCUCCAUCAGUCCAUGAUGUUGGCAACUUGGAAGUUGAAGCGGAUUUAUUUUCCACCAUUCCCACGUGCUCAAGGACAUGGGCUUCAGCGGCUCAGAAAACAGUGACUGAAAGGACAGCCUCAAGAGUGUUUCCUACUUUCAUUUCACUUUCUUGUUCCCCCACCCCACCCCAGGCAGCUUUUGUUUGGGGGUGGUUGGUAGUGUUGUUGGCAUUUUACUCAGUGUUGUUGCUGUUUUUAAGGGUAUCUGUAAUUUGCUUGACAUCUGCACCACUUUGUCUCCCUUUGGCUUCCUUCAUCUUAGUCCUCCCACAUUCUUGUCUGGAAGCAACCAGUGCCUGCUCUGAUCCAUUUGUAAUCCAUCUCUCAGAUUUCCAGCCUUGACAUUUCAUCAUGAAGUAUGCAUGGGUCUGAGAAGGACCGGAGCCCCAGCCCCUCAUCACCAUCCAAACCAGCUUUCAUUAAGAUUUUCAGGCCUCCCAAGUGAGUCCUGAAAAUCACACCUGCCAGAGGUCCCCUUCCCCUACUCACCUGACUCCAAGUCCUAAAUCCCCCAAGGCUAGGCCUCACCAUCUGAAGCUACGUUGUCCUAGCUUCCACUUGCCAAGUGCUCUUAAAGGCACGUGUCACAUGAAAGGGAGACUUCUUACAAGUCUGGAACCACCUCCAGUGGUAUUACUAGCAUUCCAUGAUUUUGAAGGGCUGGUAGCUGGGACUCAUGAGGAAUUGUACAGCUAAGGACUGUGCCGUCUUUCAUCUUCAAGCCAAAACCCUUGUGUAUUGGUUCCUGUAAGAAUAUGGAUCCAUAUUGGGUCGAGGAUGAGCUGGGCUUGGUAGGUUAGGAAAAUUGAGUAGGGAAAGGCCAUGACAGAGUUCACUAUUUCAGAGCCCCUACACAUAGCAAAGACAGCAGCAGGAGCAGCAGCAGCUACAGCCACCAUGUUUCCCCUCCAUCCCAACACUUGAUGGUUACACCUGACCCUGGCCCAUAUGGAAGGAUUUAGGAAACUCCUUAGUGAAACGUUUGCCACAAUUCUCUGAGCACAACUGUUUGCCAGGUGAAGUGUAAUCCUUCUAAAUCAUUUUAAACCCAGAGGAACAGCGUCGGACUUGGCUAAAUCAAAUUUAUCCUAGCUGUGAGAGGCCAGGCAAGGGAAAAUGAAGAGGCACUGAGUAUAUGUGAAAGCCUACCAGGGUUUUUUUAAACUGAGUUUUGGUUUUUACUUCCUUUUUUUCUCCCCCUACCUUUGACAGAGAUGUGCUAUUUUUUUAUAGCAUGCAAUUAUGUAUUACGUUUGAACUGUCCAAGUGCAGAGAAGACUUUCAACUUGACUUGGUCAAUGUCUCUUGCUGAUGAUCACUGCAGCCCCUUGCCUACUGUGGGAAGCCCCCUGCAUCCAUGAUGGCACCUGGGUUGAAAAUUGGGUAUGAAUCCCCCUCACAUUCCCCUGUAUUCUGAGGAGGAUCAUUUUACCCCACUUCAAAAACCCAUUCAACAAACAGAUGUGGAUUUUGUUAUCAAGAUAUGCCGCUUGCCAAAACAUGGAACAGAGUUCAGAGAGACCACUGCCCAUUAUUAUCUGUUAUUUAGCAGGUCCCCUUCUGGGCAGGUUUGCAGGUUGCCAAAAAGGUAAGGAAGUGUUUUCUGCCUACAGGAACUUCCCACCUAUCUAGGACUCAAACUAUUCCUCUGCAGAGAUGAGAUCUUUGAGUAUUAUCUGACCAUUCUUUACAAGAGGGGCCCUUGUUCACAGCUCUGACCAGUGAUAUGGAGCUGAAGUUGGAGCUCAGAGGGCCACUGUGAUUUGGGGUGGAGGAUGAAAAGAGCCAUUCUCUCCAUAACCACAGCCUGAUUCAGUCUUGGGAGCUAAUGUGUCGCAGGUAGAGUCCUUGAAUGAUCAGGACAAGAGCCCUAAAUCUGGGUAACAUGAAGAUAUGUUGUUCUAUACUGUUUCCAAAUGAUUUCUAAAGUACUGAGUGACUCAAGAUUCUUGGAUGAAAGGUAUUACAGGCAAACAUUGAUUAUCCAUCUGUACAUUAUCCAUAGAAGAUUCUUAGUCCCAGAUGGGUUUUCUCUUUUCUACUCAACAUAUGACUGCAUCACCUUCCUCUCCAUCAAUCACUGUGGGCUCAGAAGAUAAAAACUGAUUUGGAUACUAGAAUGAGGCAAACAUGAUUUAAACAAAAUCAUAAUACAUUCCAAAGCCAGAUUUUUAAAAUGACUUUUGAACUGCAGUAUGCUUCUGGAUUAUCAGCAUCAUUGCUCCCCUAUAGUAAUAAAGAUUAGCAAGAGUGAUAUAUAUAUAUGAAAUAAUAAUCGUAACUAUUGCCCAAGCUCACCUUGCAAGAUUUCCUUUGUAUGAGUUUCAGGUUCCUCAUCUAUAAAAUGAGGGGUUGAAUUAGAUGAUCUCUAAAGUUUCUUCUCUAAAGCUAUGGCCCUCUUAUCCUACCUCUGUGACCUUGGGCAAGUCACUCUUAGGGCCUCAGUCACUCAGGGCCCUCUGAGAAAUGGGUAGAUUAGACUAGAUGAUUGAUCUAUGUGAUUUCCAAUUAAAUCCUAUGGUUUGGGGCACAAAGACAGGAACCCAUCAAGCAGUGGGUAGCACCCUGCAGUUUCUACUGUUAUCAUAGAGCUCUAUGCUUCAUAAAACACCUCUACAUUUAAGGUCAAAACCCACUUACCAAGCACCAGGGAUUCCAUAUGAAGGACCGUGUCGGGGGAAAUCCAAAGGUAAUUAAGACAUAGCCUCGACACAUCAUAUCAACAAAGGCCUCAGAUUUUGCAGAAGUUAUCUAUUUACCUGAGCUGUAACUAGAAAUUCUUUCACCUAGGCCAAAAAUAAUUGAACCUGAAGAGAGAGAAGUACCGAAGACAGUCUAGAUAUUUGGGCCCUGGGGCAAAGCCCCAUUCACUGUAUCCUCAUUUGGGCUCUGCUCCUUACUGAAGAUCAGUUUGAGGAUUAGUCACUAAUGUGACUCAGUUGGAUAAUUCAGGCAAGUUUGGUGUAUAGCAUGGGAGACAGCUUGCUAGGCAUCUUCCCCCUCCCCCCUUCUAUGGGUGUAAAUACCACCCAAAUAGACGUAUGUAUCCAAAGAUGACUUUUUUCCCUUUUUUAAUUAUUACAGGAUUAAAGGGUCCUUGAGGAAAUUUUUGAGAGAGAGGAAGAGUCCCAAAUGGCUAAACUAUGACACAAAUGUCAAUUAUUCCUUAUGCUUUCUUUCACCAUGUAUUCUUUUUAAAUAGACCACACAAUCCAUUUUAGUUUGGUGAUUAAAUAAAAUUUUAUGUUUCAUGGAAUCAGGAGCCCAGGAGGAUUCCAGAUCUCUACUUUUCCCUCCCCAAUCUAGCUUAGCCAUCAUCUUAUCUUCUUCCUCAGCUACAAUAUAAUUCAACCCUACAGAUAAUGCUCAAACUAGUGGAUUUUGGUUUCAAGGGGUGGGGAUGCUAAAUAUUGUCAUUAAGUGUAGGAAUUCUCUGUCAGUGCAGGACUUUUGUAUGCCUGAGGAAAACAAAUCUUCCAGGUCUGUGAAUUGCCCAACUAUAACCCAAUGGAUUAAAAAAAGUUGCUUAUUUCACCAAA